CCCGCCGAGCCGCGCAGGAGCCCGAGUCGAAGAUGGUCAGGUCGAUGAUGGCAACCUUCUGAUAUAUAAACCACGACGGGACAGCUUGGAUGUCUAUUCAAGAUUCCAAAGGAGCUGAACUCUCGCCGUAGCUACCCUCAGAUCCUAUACAAAUCUCUCUUCCAGACGAAUCGGCAGCAUGGCCGAAGCCGACCCAACCGUAUUCAAGACCAUGCUCGCCGGUGGCCCUUACCAGGCUAGCGACGAGCACGUCCAAUAUCAAGCUCAGGUCGGUCGAGACAAGGUCCAAGCGAUCAACGAGGAGAAGGAUGGGAAGAGACGGAUGGAGUUGUUUAAGAAGUGGGCGAAUUUGGGAGGAAAGGGGAAUUGUUAUGUGGCUUUGCCGUUCUUUUGCGAAUACGUCUUCAACUUGACGAUCGGAGAUGACGUUUACAUCGGGCCAGGGAAUACGUUUCUGGACGUCACUCCCACUAAUCGGGCUGACCCAUCUUUCCUGCUCACUCACUCUCUCCCUACGCAACGCACAACCGUCAUCGCGUCCACUAUCCAUCAUCUAGUCAAGAUCGGGGACGGAUGCCAAAUCGGACCCUCGUGUCACUUCUACACUCCGGGCCAUCCGGUGGAUCCGGAAGAACGCCGGACGUACGUCGAAUGGGCGACCCCGAUUACGCUGGAGCACGAUGUCUGGUUAGGAGGGAACGUCACCGUACUCGGCGGAGUGACGAUCGGCCACGGUUCGACCGUAGGAGCAGGCAGCGUGGUUACGAAAUCGGUACCUCCCCGGUCCGUCGUCGUAGGCAACCCGGCUAGGGUGAUCAGGACGCUUCCGAUCAAAAAGGAGGGCGAGGAGACGGAGGCGGAGAAGAGGAGGAAGAUGUUGGGGUUGUAGUAGAUCGGAAGGAGCGUAACGGGGAUGUUUGGCA